GGGGGCGACUCUGCCCCACGUAGUGUAGUGAUGCGCACUUCGAUAACUUUGUUCCAAGUGGUUAGCAAUAGCAGCAGUGAACACACGGUAAAAUGGAUUCAUGGGUCCGCUUCAACACGCAGAGCCAAGCGAAAGAGAGGCUUUUCCGAGCUGCCCAGUAUGGUUGCACACUGCUGGGCCACAUGUUGCAGAGAAGUGGACCUGCGUCAGAGCUCUACACUACUGUCCGACAGCUGGAAGCCCACCUGAGUCUUACCCGGAAGGUUGUACGUCUGGGAAACUCGGUGGAGGCGCUGGAGGCAGCCAAGCGAGCUGUCCACCUCUCUGACAGCGUCCUGCGUCUCUGCAUCACCAUCAGCCACCUGAACAGAGCCAUGUACUUUGCCUGUGACAAUGUUCUUUGGGCUGGGAAAGUGGGCUUGGCCCCAAAACUUGACCACAACAAGUGGAGUCAGAGGUCAUUUAGGUAUUAUUUAUUUGCUCUGAUUCUCAACCUCACGCGGGAUUUCUACGAGUUGAGCCGUCUCAUGGGGAACCAAUCACGACACGUCGCUACCAAGUCUCUGGCCCCCUCAGAUGACGUCACGUCUCCAGUUGUCCUCCCAGCUUGUCUUCGUCUGCGGCUUCACCAGUUGGUGACAGUGUUAUACAGCAACCCACCGCUGCUGCUGGACCUCCUGAAAAACACUUGCGAUAUCUUCAUCCCAUUGGACCGACUGGGAUUCUACUCUACUGGUCCAGGCUUUGUUGGUGCGUGUGGGUUGACCUCAUCCUUGCUGUCCAUUCUGACCAUGGUCCAUCCCUGGCUCAAACUAAAACCAUGACCAGAGCGGAAGUCCCUGGUUUGAUCCUGUAGCAGUCCAUUUGCAAGAUACUAAAUCCCAACAAGGACUUUUAAGAAACUGAGUUAAUCACGGGACAAAUAUCAGGAGGUCAACAGAGUCCGCCUGAUGAUGUAUGGUGAGGACAUAAGACGGUUGCAGUGUGCAAUGAAAAGACUUAUUCCUGACUUGAUGUACACCGUUUAUUAUGUCUGGGAUGUCAAGGAGACAGCUAAACAUGGACAUUUGUGGGACAGCUAACACAGAAUAACAAAGACCUGUUUAAAAAUAGCACCAGGACCAUUUUGCCUGAAUGUUAAACACACAAUAGUCAAUAGUGAAUAAAUAAAAAAAAGCCUGCUGAGUGAAUCAAGUUGUCUGUUUC